AUGCUGUGGGAGGCGAAGCAAAGGCGUUUGACAGAUGUGCGGAGCUACAAUGAGACCAUGAACUGUAUCAAAUCGCUAGGACUCUGCAUGUUGCUGUUGCAAAGCUUGCGGUCGGAACUGCUGGAACCUAGCGAUGUGACCAUGGGCACCUGCUUGAAAGCCUGCGUUGUCGCUGUGGCGUGGCGAGAUGCCUUGGAGCUGCAGGAGCAGUCGCGCGCCACCUUCCCGGCAGCCAACCUCAUCAGCAGCUCCGCAGCCGCCAAGGCGUGCGCAGAUGCGACGGCCUGGAAGGUGGCCUUGCAACUUUUCGCUUCUUUCCGCACUCAGCGGUUGGAAGCCAGUGCGCGCAGUGCCACCAGCCUCGCCCGGGGCUGUGGUGCUGCGGAGGGUGGUGCCUGGCGCUGGGCCUUGGAGUUCGAGGUGGAAAAGGAUGUGAUUCUCAGUUCUGCACAGAUUGGCGCUUGUGCGCCCAGGGUUUGGCACUUGGCUCACUGGAGAUUGGAGCAGAUGAAAAAACAUGAGCUUCAACCGACCCUAAUGACGUACAACAUCGUGCUCACCAACACCGACAAGUACUGGAAGGCCUCCAUGGAGUUUAUCGCAGAACUGCAGAGUUUAUCGCUGCAGCCGGACGCCUACUCUUGGAGCCAUACCAUCCAUGCUGGGGCACAGUGGCAACGUUCCUUGUGGCUGCUGGGCCACUGCAACACUUUGAUCUGCCGAAAUGCUGCGCUGAGUGUACUGGAAAAGGCAGACAGGUGGCAGCGAGCACUUUUCCUUCUGCACUCCGAGGACGAGAAGGAUCUGACCGGUUUCAACGCAGCCAUCAGCGCGUGCCAAAAACGGGGCGAGUGGCAACUGGCGCUAAGUCUCAUGGCGGAAGCUUGGGAUGCAGAGCUGCAAUUGGAUGAGAUCAGCUACAAUGCGGCGAUGGCCGCGUGUGGCAAGGGGCAGGAGUGGCAGAUGGCAUUGGAACUCUUUCAGGAGCUCCGACAGCUUCGGCGGUUUCAGCCGCUCGUGGACCCCUACAGCUGGGGAAGUAUCGUGGCGGCGAUGGCCUGGGCCACCGAGUGGCAACAGGCCUUGGUGCUGUGGACGCAAUCCACGGCUGAAUGGCGAGGGGAUGUGCAGCGAGCCAAGGAGGGGCCGGUGAUCGCCAAUGCCUGCAUGAGUGCUUUGGAGAAGGCGUCUCAGUGGCAGAGGGCCUUGCAGAUCUUUUCAGCUUUGAGGAAGCCGACUCUGCAAUCCUUUGGCCCUUUGGUGAGCUCAUGCGCCAAAGCACGAGAAUGGAGACAGGCCUUGGAGUUCCUCUCCCUGUCCCGGCUGCGUCGUUUCGCUCCCAGCCUGGAGCUCUACGGCCCGGCGCUCUCCGCCGCCGCGAUUGGCCGCGCCUGGCGCCUGGCGCAGCGGCUGCUGACGGAGCUGCAGCAGCAGCGCCUGGGCGUCGCGGCGCUGAACGACGCGGCGAUGGCCGCGGAGCUGGCCAUGGGCGCCUCCAGGGGCCCUGGGACCAUGGUGCCGUUGACGUUGGGAUGA